GAUUCUUUUCUCGAAGUGGAAGUGGGAAGAUGGCCGCACUUCUUAAGCUUUCAAUUUUCUGGGUUCUCAUAGAUCACUGUUACAUUCAUUAGUUAGUGGGUCCCACUACUCAUAUCUUUUGAACCUGAUUUCAUGGUUUAGUCUCUGAAGUCCUUGCUCAUCUUUAUUUGAUUUUCAGUUCCGCCUAUUUUAGCUGGCAGUUUUGGGAGACCUUUUGAGUCUUCUCUAAGAUGGCGGGGGAGCAAUUGGGAGUACUUACUGCGCUUGAUUUAGCCAAGACCCAAUGGUACCACUUCACAGCGAUUGUGAUUGCCGGGAUGGGCUUCUUCACGGAUGCAUAUGAUCUUUUCUGCAUCUCCCUCAUCACUAAGUUGCUGGGGCGAUUAUAUUACACCGAUCUUACCAAACCAAAGCCGGGAACUCUGCCGCCCAGUGUUUCAGCUUCUGUGACUGGUGUCGCCCUUUGUGGCACUCUGGCGGGCCAGCUAUUCUUCGGUUGGCUCGGCGACAAAAUGGGCAGAAAGAAGGUCUAUGGUAUCACUCUUAUUCUCAUGGUCGUCUGCUCCAUUGCCUCAGGCCUCUCUUUUGGCUCCAGCGCAAAGGCUGUUAUAGCCACACUUUGUUUCUUCCGAUUCUGGCUCGGUUUUGGAAUCGGAGGGGACUAUCCUCUUUCAGCCACAAUCAUGUCCGAAUAUGCCAACAAGAAGACUCGUGGGGCUUUUAUAGCUGCAGUCUUUGCCAUGCAAGGUUUUGGCAUCUUGGCUGGAGGGAUUGUUUCUUUGAUUGUCUCAGCUGCAUUUGACCAUAAGUACAAGCUUCCUACCUACGAGGAAGACCCAGCAGGUUCCAUCGUGCCUGAAUUGGACUACGUUUGGCGCAUCGUUUUAAUGUUUGGUGCACUACCUGCUGUUCUCACCUACUAUUGGCGAAUGAAAAUGCCAGAGACAGCCCGGUACACUGCUCUUGUCGCCAGGAAUGUGAAACAAGCAACUACAGAUAUGUCAAAAGUUUUGCAAGUCGAACUUGAGGUUGACGAGGAGAAGGUCAAUAGGCAUGCGGCUGAGAAUGAAUCCAAUAAAUUCGGCUUGUUCAGCAAGGAAUUUCUCAAGCGCCAUGGGCUGCAUUUGCUGGGAACCACUAGUACCUGGUUCUUAUUGGAUAUCGCCUUCUACAGUCAGAACCUUUUCCAGAAGGACAUUUUCUCUGCAAUCGGAUGGAUCCCUCCUGCAAAAGAAAUGAACGCAAUUCAUGAAGUUUACAAGAUUUCAAGAGCUCAGACACUCAUAGCUCUGUGCAGUACCGUGCCGGGUUACUGGUUCACAGUGGCAUUAAUUGAUUACAUGGGCCGUUUCGCCAUCCAAUUGAUGGGUUUCUUCUUCAUGACGGUCUUCAUGUUGGCCCUGGGCAUACCAUACCAUCACUGGACCUUAGAGUCCCACCGAAUCGGGUUCGUUGUGAUGUACUCCCUCACCUUCUUCUUCGCCAACUUUGGUCCAAAUGCCACCACAUUCGUUGUGCCUGCAGAGAUUUUCCCAGCAAGGCUAAGGUCUACAUGUCACGGAAUAUCAGCUGCUGCAGGAAAAGCGGGAGCGAUUGUGGGUGCUUUUGGUUUCUUAUAUGCGGCACAGAGCAGAGACCCUACAAAGACUGACGAAGGGUACCCUCCAGGAAUUGGGAUUCGAUACUCUCUGAUAAUGCUUGCUGUGAUCAACUUCGUUGGGAUGUUGUUCACCUUCUUGGUCCCAGAAUCAAAAGGCAAAUCACUGGAGGAGUUGAGUGGGGAGAACGAUGAUGGUGAAGAAGGUGUGGUGCGAACUGGGCAAGCUGCGACUGGCAGGACAGUUCCAGUUUAAUGGGGGUUCGCCCCAGUGUGUGUUUAUUAAAAGAGGUUCAAGUUAAGUAGAUCGUGAAAAUUUUUAGUGGCGGGUUGGCUUAGCUCAAGUGUGAUCGGUAAUAAUGAUGCAUGUAGAUAUAUGUCUUAUAUAUUUGCUUUGAGAUGCUUCAACUCUCUCAGGCAAUACUUACGGUGUGUGCCUAGCUAUGUAUGUCCAAGUUUGUUUCUUGUUUCUCCUUUCAUAUUUGAUCUGUGUAAAUUGGGUAAUGGGUGUUACUAAUUGGGGAAUUUUGUUUUA